AUGAUGGGCGCGUACGCGGCUUAUCUGCAGGGGUCUGUGGAGGCCGGGAGCGUCGCCGCCGCAGACUUGCGGCAGUGGCCGCUGACGCAGGGCCUCGACCGAGUGUUGAAGCUCAGCAAGGAGUUGGCAGUGGUGAGGCCGCUGACUAGCGCCAUGGUGAUGAACUACUGCCAGCCAGCCGACCGCUUCGGCACCAUCCACGAUCUCGAUUGGCUGUUGGUGCCACCUUUUGGUGAGCCAGGCGUUCCAGAUGCGGGGCUGCUCUCCGACACCGAGCUAUUCAUAUAUCUCGUCGACGCGCCGUGGUGCAGGGCGCUGGACCCAGUGUUGGUGGCGCAGCUGGAGCGGGUGGCACGCAGGGUGCACUUGGUACCGUACACCGGAGGCCCAGGCCGAGAGGAGCAGACGGCAUAUUUCAAGUUCCUCGCCGAUCACUACGACAGCCUGCCGGACUUCACCAUCUUCGUGCACCCAGAUGCGCCAGAGCACCAGGGCGAGGAGUUCCCGGCCCUGAAGCGCGCCCUGCGGCUGAUCCGGACCGGGUCCGAGCUCGCCUACGAGACCAUCGGGUACUACCCCCUCGCGGAGCAGAUGGUGGUCGACCCGAAGCGAGCGUGGGGUUCCAGCUUCAAGGCGACCUGGCGGCGCUUCUGGCGGCGGGUCUUCGGCCACUCCUGGACCGACCUGGACUUCGUGCCGCCGCGCUGCUUCUGGAACCAGAGCGGGGGCAGCUACAUCAGCGGCGCCGUGGACGGUCACGAAGACCCGCUGACGCUGCCGGCCGCGAAGGCCCUCUGCGCCUCUCUGCCCUCGUGCGCGGGCGUGACGUGCUACACCCCGUCCGUCGACGUCGAGGACCUGGAGCUGUACAUCUCCACCGUUCGGGCGGGCAGCCCCUCGUGCACGGUGCGCCGCGGGGAGCCGCCAGAGCCGCUGGCCUCGCCCUCCGAGCUGGAGACCAGCUUCCGGAAGAGGUGCGCCGGGGAGGGCGGCUCGGCGCACCCGGACGCGGACGCGAACGCCUCGGGCCCCGCCGACGACGACAGGCCCGCCGUGUUCUCGAGGCACGUGGGCGCGUACCUGGCGGACUACGCCGCUGGCGACGACUCGGCGCGCGCCCCGAGGCUGGCACGGGCCCGCUGCAGCCAGUUGGGGCCCCUCUGCGGGGGCAUCACCUGCGACCUGGAGGAGGCCCGCUGCACGGUGCGCGCCGGCUCGGAGCUCAUAGCGAGCCCGUACCCAGAGGUGUCCUACUUCAAGGAGCUCGGCGGCGCCGACGGGGAGGCGGACGGGGUGGCACCCGUGGUCGACGCCUACCGAGAGGCCAGCGACGUGUUCCAGUUCUACACGGGCUCCCAGUCCGUGGUGCGCAGGGACCGCCUGCGCGCCUGGCCGCGCGAGCAGCUCGCCGCCUUCGGCUCGGAGGGCGAGUUCUGCACGGAGAUGAGCGGCUACUACGAGGCCGCCUGGCACCGGAUGUUCGGCGAGCCGCUGUCGCAGUGGCCGCGGGAGCUCGAUCCCAGGCUGCCCCUGCAUCUCAAGUGGGGCGUGCGCACGAAGUAUUCGUAUGGAGACGAGGGCGUCAUCUGA